GCGACUUCGCGGGGCGCAGCGCAGGGUCUGGGCCAAGUCGUCGUCGGACAGGCUCGUGGCGCGCCUCACCGCCGAGGUGAAGGAAAUGCGCGACGGCCUCGACGCGACCUUGGUGGCGCUCGACGCGGUCGCCGAGUGCGAAGGCUUCGCUGACCGCCUGGCUGCUUGCGCGCCCGCGCUCGCCGCCCUGCUGGCAGGUCAGUACCCGACGGCGCUGCAGCGGCUGCGGCGCAACGUCGCCCUGCACGCCGCCCGCGCCCCAGGCAAUCUCAGCCGAGCCUCUGCGGCUUCCCUGCGGCAGGCGGCGAAGGGGCUUCGGCUGGUGGGCGCUGUGGAUUGCGAGGGCGCAGUAGGCGGCGACGGGGAAACGUUGGGCGGCUGGGAUGUCACCGAUGAGGUCUGCGUCGCGGAGCCCUCGGGCCCGGUCCAGCACCAAGAGCGACACGGAGCAGACAUCGAGGCGAUGUUGGGUGCGUUGGCGCAGCCUGGACUCGUGGUCCCUGCGGGGGCUGUCUGCCCCACGGCUGGCGGCAUUGUUGCCGCGCUGGGCUCGGAACGCGCUGGCCCCGUUGUCGGGGCGAGCGCGGGCGUUGACGUCGAGUGCAAGGCCACCCCGACGGCCCAGGAGGAGCAAGGGCAGCGCGACGCCUUUGAUGCGUCCACCCUGAAGCUGCCGAUCCUCUCUAUCCCGAGCGUGGCGCCCACGGUCGACCCAGGGCGGGUUCUGCAGACAUCCGUGGGCGAGCGCACGACCGUCGAUAUCGGCAUCGAGACGCAGGAGGAGCAGGACUUGUUUCCAGUUGACACAGAGGGCCUCGAGAACCUCUCUGCGCGGCAGCAGCGGAUGGCGACCCCCGUUAUCCAGACGGGGAGGUCCACGGUCGAUAUCCUCGCGGCGACGCUGGGCGGCCUCUGCCCCGUGUGCAUGUUGCCCCGUCUUCUUCCGCGCAGGGCGCCGAGGCCGAUCGACGGCCUUGACGCCUUCGCAUGCGAGCUGUGCUCGGGCGGUAUAGCUCAUGGGACUGCGAUGGUCGUCUGCCAGAGCUGCAAGAGCGCAGUCCACACGGGCUGCUUGCGGGAGCAGCUC